CAGACUGGGGCAAGCGAGUUACUAGAGACCCUGUCUACGCGCCCUCGGCUCCGCCGCCUGUUUCUCUCCUCGCCAUGGUUCGUCUGCCUCUGCAGUGUCUGCUCUGGGGCUGCUUGUUGACCACCGUCCACCCAGAACCACCCACUGUGUGCCAAGGAAACCAAUACCUAACAAGCAGUCGGUGCUGUAAUUUGUGCCCGCCAGGAGAGAAACUGGUGCAUGACUGCACGGAGAUCACUGGAACAGAAUGCUCUCCUUGCAAUGAAGGCGAAUUCCUAGACACUUGGAACAGAGAGAACCGUUGUCACCAGCACAAAUACUGCGACCCCAACCUAGGCCUCCGGGUCCAGAGGGAGGGCACCUCGAAAACAGACGCCACUUGCACAUGUCAUGAAGGCCAACACUGUUCCAGCGAUGCCUGUGAAAGCUGCACCCUGCACAGCUUGUGCCCCCCUGGUCUUGGGGUCAAGCAGCUCGCUACAGGGCUUUCUGAUACCAUCUGCGAGCCCUGUCCAGUCGGCUUCUUCUCCAAUGUAUCAUCUGCUUUUGAAAAGUGUCACUCCUGGACAAGCUGCGAGACGAAAGGCCUGGUGGAGCUACAGGCAGGGACUAACAAGACUGAUGCUGUUUGUGGUUUGCGGUAUCGGAUGAGAGCCCUGGUGGUGAUCCCUGUCACGAUGGGGAUCCUGUUUGCUGUUCUGUUGGUGUCUGCCUGUAUCAGUGAGUUCCCAGGAAAGGUGGCCAAGGAGACAGAAAAUAAGGCCCUCCACCCUAAGGUUCCUGAGGAGACGUUUUAUCUGGAGGAUUUUCCUGGACCCCACUCCAUUGCUCCGGUGCAGGAGACCUUACACGGGUGCCAGCCAGUCACCCAGGAGGAUGGCAAAGAGAGCCGCAUCUCGGUGCAGGAGAGACAGUGAGGCUGUGCGUGUCCAGGAGCGUGGCA